AUGUCAUCAGCAAAUAGUCUACCAGACGUAAUAGAAAUAAAAGAAGAUGUUGAAAUGGAUGAAUCAAAUAAUACACAUUCUGAACCAACUACUACCGAACUUAGGCAAGAGGAACAACAAUCGUCUAAUGAAUCCAAAAAAGAUCAACAAAUUAAUAGUAGGAAAGCCAAUUCCAAGGAAAGGCAAAAUAGACAGAAAUAUGAGCAAUCUGAAUAUGUUGCAUUAUUAGAUGGAAAUGGUAAUCCAAUACCUAAAUCAGAAAGAAAACCAAAGAAAAAGGUAGCAGUAAUGAUAGGUUAUUGUGGUACAGGAUAUAAUGGAUUACAAAUUCAAAAUGAUCCAAAUACAAAAACUAUAGAAAAAGAUCUUUAUGAAGCAUUUUAUAAAGCUGGUGCAAUAUCUUUAGAAAAUUCAAUUGACUUAAAGAAAUCGGGAUUUCAAAGAUGUGCAAGAACAGAUAAAGGAGUUCAUGCUGCUGGAAAUGUUAUUUCUUUAAAAUUAAUUAUUGAAGAUUCUGAAAUUUUAAAAAAAAUCAAUGAUAAUUUACCUGAUCAAAUUAGGGUAUGGGGUAUACAACGUACUACCAAAGGUUAUGAUUGUAGAAAGAUGUGCAGUUCUAGGUGGUAUGAGUAUUUAUUACCUACUUAUUCACUCAUUAGUCCCAAGCCAGGUACAAGAUUAGCUAAAUUAAUUGAUAGUGAAAAAGAAAAAUAUCCGAAUUUAUUUGUUGAUGAUGAUGGAGAAAGUAACACAUUUUGGGAAACAACUCAACAAAAAGUCUUCGAAAGUGGAAUAAGCAAAGAAGAAUUGGAUUUAGUUACUAAAUAUUAUGAAAACAGUCCUGAACAAAAUCAAGAUUCUCAAAUUGAAAAUAAAACAAUUGAAAAUAUAGUUAAAAAAAUUAAAACAAUUGAAAAUCAACAAAGAAGAUUAUAUCGUAUAAGUUCUAAAAAACUUGAUAGAUUUAGAAAUACAAUGGAUCAAUAUAAAGGAUCUAAUAAUUUUCAUAAUUUUACAAUUGGUAAAUCUUUUAAAGAUUCAUCAUCAAAAAGAUUUAUAAUAGAUACUAAAACAUCUGAACCAUUUGUAAUAAAUGGAACAGAAUGGAUAUCAAUAAAAAUCCAUGGUCAAUCAUUUAUGCUUCAUCAAAUAAGAAAAAUGAUUUGUAUGGCAUGUUUAAUAUUAAGAUUAGAUUUACCAUCUACAUUGAUAAAAGAUUGUUUUAAGUCAACAAAAAUUAAUAUUCCAAAAGCCCCUUCAUUAGGUUUGUUAUUAGAAGCACCAGUAUUUGAUGCGUAUAAUUUAAAAUUAAAAGAUCAUCAAUAUGAUAUAAUAGAUUUUUCAAAAUUUUCAAAAGAAAUGAAUGAAUUUAAAAUGAAAUUUAUUUAUGAUAAAAUUUAUGGAGAAGAAAUUAAAGAAAAUUCAUUUUAUGGAUUUUUUGGAUUUAUUGAUAAUUAUAAAAUUCCUUUAGAUAAUGAAGAAAUUAAAAAUGGUAAUGGAGGUGCUGGAAGUAUUACUAUAUUUGAUUUUUUUCAUAACUAUAUUAAUGAAUAUAAGAACGAUAAAGAAUUUGAUGCUGACAAACCUAUAAAAGUAGAUGAAAAGCAAGAAGAAAAUCAAGCAGAUAAGAAAUAA